GGGCUGGUAGCCCGUCUCCCCCUCCUGUCACAGCUGGGAGGGGAAGGGAUGGGAGGAGGAGAGGGGGCACCGAAAGGGAGGAGGUAAUCCAAUGAGACAGAGAGGGGAGAGACAGCGCGAGGGCAACGCCUCACAACACCGGGAAUCUCUCUCUCGGUCUCCAUCUCUUCCGCUUCUUCCCCUCCCUCUACACCCUCUUCUUUCUUCUGCCUCUGAAGUGGAAAAACCACCAAAGGACUCUCAUUCCCCAUCCAGUCUUCUGCAUGUGGCUGAGGAAGUGCCUUCCUAUUUCAGGCAAUUCUUUCAUCCAUAAUUCAGCUUUUUCUUUUCCUCCCCUCAUGUCUUGUCCUACGGUUGCAUCUUUACCCUCUAAAGGAUGACUUGGUGACUGGAAUCCGACGUUUUGCCUCUCGAUUCUUUGGAAGACAGCCUCUUGUAGAGGAGCUAUCUUUGUUCUUGCGCUCACAGCUGCUGAGUGUACAGUAGCUGCUAGUGGGGAAAUAGGUUAGUGUGCCUGUUCGGUGGCAGACAGCAGAGGUGACUGCGUGUUCAGUGCGUGGAGGAGAUGAAGGGGAAGGGGUUGCCUUUCUGGCGGUAGCGCUCUCCAACCUCUGCGGCCGUUCACCGAGAAGGUGACUGGAAUGUUCCCGACCUUCAGUGGGAGUGUCAGCGACUGAUUUCAGGACAGACAAAGAAGAGAGCGCCUGAGACCGGACGUUUCUUUCUCCUUUUUUAUUUUUGGUUGUUGUGCACAUAACAGGACUUUACCUGCAUCCUUCGCCAUGGACAUCAACCUUCAGUCGCAUCGAUUUUACUUCCCCCAGAUCUACUGCGCUGAACCCGGCGUGCAGCCGCAGCUCGCCGAGUUCAAAGUCAGUGAGCAGAGUAUCUGCCAGGCGCGGGCCUCUGUCAUGGUCUACGACGACACCAGCAAGAAGUGGGUCCCCAUCAAGCCGGGCCAGCAGGGCUUCAGCCGCAUCAACAUCUACCACAACACUGCCAGCAACACCUUCAGAGUGGUGGGCGUCAAGCUGCAAGACCAGCAGGUAGUUAUCAACUACUCUAUAGUGAAAGGCCUCAAGUACAACCAAGCCACCCAGACCUUUCACCAAUGGAGGGACGCCAGGCAGGUCUACGGCCUCAAUUUUGCCAGCAAGGAGGAGGCCACCACCUUCUCCAACGCCAUGCUGUUCGCCCUUAACGUACUCAGCGCUCAGGAUGGAGGUCCAGCUGUCCAGCGGCAGGUCCAGAACGGCCCCACUUCGGACGAGAUCGACGCUCAGAGAGCGAGGCAGAUGAUGGAACAGCAGCAGCAGAUGCAGGCGCACAUGGAGCGGGAACGACGGUCCUCCAACUCAGGUUCUCCUUUCCAAGGCCACCCUGCUGUGCUCUCCGUAGCCCCACCUGUAGUACCUCCACCUGUAAACAUGGGCGGCCCUCCCCCUCCUCCGCCGCCACCGGGCCCCCCGCCGCCAUCAGCGGCGGCCCCUCCUCUUCCUCCUCCACUGCCUAUAGGAGGAGGCAGCCAGGGGGACGAGGGCCCCGCACCAACCGGCCUCGCCGCAAUGAUCGCUGGAGCCAAACUUCGCCGUGUCCAAAGGCCUGAGGACGGCUCUUCAGGUACCAAAAAUGAAGCCAACCGAACGAGUGGAGGAAGUGGAGGACUGAUGGAGGAGAUGAACGCUCUCCUGGCUCGAAGAAGGAAAGCGGCUUCAGAGAAGCCUGACGACAGCCAAAACGAUGAUGCAAACUCUUCGUCACCCAACACUCGGGGUGCGCAGAAUUCCACAGACGGUGCGAGGAAGCCCUGGGACCGAGCGAACUCUGCAGACAGGUCGAUGGUUUCAAGGUUACGAACGGCAGGAAGUGUCAGCGACGCAGACUCGUUAGAUCUCGACAGGAUGAAGCAGGAAAUCUUGGACGAGGUUUUCCGCGAACUGCACAAAGUGAAGGAUGAAAUCAUUGAUGCCAUUAGAAAUGAACUCAGUCGAGUUAGCACGACAUAAACUUUGAGAGCUGAAUCGCUUUUUCAAACCAUUGCCCCCUGCAGCCGCUGCUGAGGCCCUGAAGACGAGGAGGAGGAGGAGGAGAAGUCAGGAACAGAGGCCCAAACUGUGACAUCCACUCGUCGUGUUCGGCGACGCGGCGCCGUUACUGUAGCGCCUCGGCCGCGUCUGCGUAACAUUUGGUUUGUUUGUUUCUACCGUGAAAGGGCCACAUUCUCGCACUGAUUGCUCCGUUUUGUUAACAUGUUUCGUCUUGUUUGUCUGCCCGUCUCUCCUCUCUGCCUUUCGGUCCAAAGGAAAUUUAUGAAAUAUAAAAUUAUUUUAUUAGUUGUUUUUUCUUUUUUGGAAUUUAUUUGAAAUAUUUUUUGUUAAUAUAAUUUUUCCAUGAUUAUUAUUAUUAUUAUUAUUAUUAUUAUUAUUAUUAUUAUUACUACUACUAUCAUUCUAAUGAUAAAACGAGAUGGAAUAAAAUAACUGUAAUAUUGGAAAAAUUACGACAGUACUGAUAGUAAAGAUAAUGUUUUAUUGCACAUCAAUGUAAGUCGGGGAUGUUUUUUGUAUUUUAUACAUUGUUUAUAUUUAGUUUUGUUUGAUUUACAUUCACAAGCAGUCCCUUUUUUUUCUUUUUGCUUUUCACCACCUGACCUGAAAUAUUAUAAAUACGUUUAAUUUUUCUUUUUUUUAAGUUAUUUUUCCCUUUCACCAACACCAAGUACAUUUGGACCCACCACAGAAACUUAAAAAAAAAAAAAAAGGGAAGAAGAAAAAUAGCCUACAACGUGAAACCAAGAACAAAAAUAAACUUCUUUUGAUAAUGCAAUCUUCUGAGGUAAAAAAAUAAAAAAUAAAAAAAAAUAAAAACAAAACACCAGAGUAUUUGUGAUCAUGUUGUUAAUAAAAAAUGUUUAUUGGCUGCAAAGAUACAGUGAAGUAUUGUUCAUUUUAUUGUCUCCCUUUAUGACAAAGUGCUUCCUAGUUUGAGGAGGGGGAAAAAACAAAAUGAGUUUCAAAUGAAUUCAAAUAAAACUGUGAACAAUGUCUUGGAUAAA